AUGAUCCCACCUAUAUUUGCUCUCGUCCAUCCCAAAACCGGAACGCCGAUAAACGCUAACCUUCUUGUAACGAUCCCGAGUGCUCUCAUCGCUUUCUUCUCGGGUUUGGAUGUUUUGGCGAGCCUCUUGUCGAUAAGCACUCUCUUCAUCUUCACAAUGAUGCCUAUAGCGUUGCUAGUGAGGAGGUACUACGUGAGAGAAGUUACUCCGAGAGGUGAUCUUGUUAGGCUUGUCAUUUGUUUGUUGACCGUUGUUGCGUCUUCGAUGGGUACUUCUGCUCAUUGGGGGAUGAGGCUUAAGGGAUCUUGGAUCGGAUAUGUGAUAACUGUGCCGUUUUGGUUCUUGGGGACAUUGGGGAUUGUGUUUUUUGUUCCUCAGCAAAGAUCUCCGAAAGUGUGGGGAGUGCCUUUGGUUCCGUGGAUCCCUUGCUUGUCGAUUGCAACGAAUAUCUUUCUCAUGGGAUCUUUGGGAGCUCAGGCUUUUGUUAGGUUUGGUGUUUGCACUUUAGUCAUGUUGCUUUACUAUUUCUUGCUUGGUCUUCACGCAACUUUCGAUAUGGCUCAUCAGCAAAUCGUGCCCAGAACAUCUUAG